GGCAUUCAAGGGUAGCAACAGUUGCCUCGAGACCCCGUCGCGCCAUAGUGACUGUAGCCGUGGAGACAGUUACUUACCAACGGGCGCAACACUCAGUAACAGCAGCCGCAUCUGGAAGUCACCGUGCGAGUGGGAGAAAGGUUAAAGAGAGCAGAACCACGGCAGAACUUUUCUCAAAACAAAGCAUGCAGAGCUCAGAAGGAGGCUCGGACACCACGACCAGCGUGGCAGCGCUGCGGACAUCAUCAUCAGCUCAGGCCCCUGUGGUGCAGCCCGUGCCGGCCUCCCAACAGAGGGUGCUGGUUCAAGCUACAGGCUCAGCUCAGAAGGGAGGACAAGUACAGCAACUGUCAGUACCCAGGGUUCAACAGCAGGUGCAGCAGGUGCAACACGUCUACCCAUCCCAGGUCCAAUAUGUAGGAGACGGCGCAGACGCUGUUUACACCAACGGAACUAUCCGAACCGCCUACUCCUACAACCCGGAGGCUCAGCUGUACGGACAGAGCAGUGGAGGGACGUACUUUGACUCACAGGCUGGUGGAGCCACGGUUGUCUCCUCUGCGGGGGGUGGGGUGCCCUCUCAUGGCAUGGUGGGCAUCGCGAUGGACGUGGGCAGCAGCCACAUCAUCUCCAGCGGAAGCACCUACCUGAUUCAUGGAGGAAGUAUGGAGGGAAGCCGCAACCACAUAUCCCACUCAUCCCGCUCCUCCUCUGCUAUGCUUGAAAUGGCGAUUGAAAACCUCCAAAAGUCUGAAGGAAUUGCAAGUCACAAAAGCAGCCUGCUCAACAGCCAUCUGCAGUGGCUGCUGGACAACUAUGAGACAGCGGAGGGCGUGAGCCUGCCCCGGUGCUCCCUGUACAACCAUUACCUAAGGCACUGCCAGGAACAGAAACUGGAUCCGGUCAAUGCGGCCUCCUUCGGCAAGCUCAUCCGCUCCGUCUUCAUGGGCCUGCGGACCCGUCGCCUCGGUACCAGAGGCAACUCUAAGUACCAUUACUACGGCAUCAGGGUGAAGCCAGACUCGCCCCUGAAUAGGCUGCAGGAAGACACCCAGUACAUGGCCAUGAGGCAACAGCCUGUCCAUCAGAAACAGAGAUUCAAACCUCUCCAGAAGGUGGACGGUAUGUCUGACAGCCUGUGCGGGAGCUCACAGAACUGUAACAACACUCCAGAGCAGUCUGUGGCGGCUCAGAGCCAACACCACCAGCAGUACAUCGAUACUUCCCACAACUUGCCUCCUUUCCCCUCUCCUGACUUGGGCACCCAGCCCCUCCCUGAGCGCAUCAACAUGAAUGAUAUCAAGAAACUGCAGACGCUCUACAGAGACCACUGUGAGGCUACUUUGGAUGUGGUAAUGAACCUCCAGUUCCACUACAUUGAGAAACUCUGGCAGACAUUUUGGUAUUCAACAGCGCCAUCUAGUGACGGAAAUACAACCAUCCCCAACAGUGACGAUGACAUGGAUGGUGUGAUCCCCAGAGAAAAGCUGGUGGCUCUGUGCAAAUAUGAACCAGUCCGACUAUGGAUGAGGAGCUGUGACCACAUCCUCUACCAGGCUCUGGUCGAGAUCCUCAUCCCUGAUGUGCUCCGUCCUGUUCCCAGCACGCUCACUCAAGCCAUCCGUAACUUUGCCAAGAGUCUGGAGGGCUGGCUGACCAACGCCAUGACCAACUUUCCUCAUGAGAUUAUUCGCACCAAGGUGGCGGUGGUCAGUGCAUUCGCCCAGACGCUGAGACGUUACACCAGUCUCAACCACUUGGCCCAGGCAGCCCGCGCCGUGCUGCAGAACACCUCCCAGAUCAACCAGAUGCUCUCUGACCUCAACCGGGUGGACUUUGCCAACGUCCAGGAGCAGGCAUCGUGGGUGUGUCAGUGUGACGAGAGUGUGGUUCAGCGCCUGGAGCAGGACUUCAAGGUCACCCUGCAGCAGCAGAGCUCUCUGGAUCAGUGGGCUACCUGGCUGGACAAUGUGGUCACUCAGGUCCUGAAGCCUCACCAGGGCAGCCCCAGCUUCCCCAAAGCGGCACGCCAGUUUUUGCUUAAAUGGUCCUUCUACAGCUCCAUGGUGAUCAGAGACCUGACCCUGCGGAGCGCGGCCAGUUUUGGCUCUUUCCACCUGAUUCGCCUGCUGUAUGAUGAGUACAUGUUCUAUCUGGUAGAGCACCGAGUGGCUCAGGCCACCGGAGAGACUCCUAUUGCUGUCAUGGGAGAGUUCAGUGACCUGACCUCUAUGAUGCCUUCACUAAUGGAAAAAGAUGCGUCCUUCUCUGAUGAGAUGAGCGACCUCGGCAGUGAUGCCGAUGUGUCCCGGGGGCCGACUGAACCGGCUGUGAAAAGAGAGCGGAUCGAAAUGAACCACCCUCUGCAGGAGAUGUGAGUUACGUUACUGAGAGCAACAGCACCUCCCCAGAAAAAGGCGAGCCCACAGUGGCAUUUGGGGCGUUCAGUCGGUGUGCAAUGUACAUACACACAAGUAGCAACGUCAGUCCUUCCCUCACUAGCAAAUGAUACGGACGGGGACCUUUCUCCUGGAAGCUCUCUUACUAUUAUUAUUUUUUAUUCACAGGGGUGUAACACAGGUCUAAAUCGUUUGUUUUUGUUGCAACUGUGAAUGACUAUGUGCAGUACCUUUUUAUUGGAUGUGUAACUUUGAGUGGUGGUGUGUGGUGUUUUUGUUUUUAAAUUUUAACUAGCUGUGCCAUAGUGUCAUUGGAGUGCCUUAGAUCGCUAACCUUGAAACCACCACUACCGAUGUCGCUGUGCCUCUACCGCAGUACGAAUGUAUCCUCUCCAAACCUCAAACAUUCAAAGCACCUUUAACAUUGAGAAGCGUGUAGGCGUGUGUACUCGUCGUUGCCUCUGCUGCAGCUUGUAGCGAAAAACAAACGCACAAACACAAAGUAAAUUCAACAACAACAACAUGCAACCUACUGACCCAAAGGACUUUUCCCUCAGUCGUCCCCACCAGGCAGGGAGGUCUGUUUACCUCAAUAGAUUUAUAUUCCGUUUGGCUAAGAUGACAUUAGGGACGUAUUCGAUAUGUAGCCAGCGUUGCAGUUGUGUGUCUCCCAGUGUGAAUAGUUCUCUACUAAUGUUUUUAAACCCUGUGACGCUCCCCAACGUAACGAUGCAUUCGGUAGGUUCAAAUGAAGUGACUCGUGGUGAAUCUGGUGUCUCAUACUCAGCCUCCUUUCCCAAUGAAAAAGGAAUACGCGUCAGAGCGAUGGAUCUGUAAAACCAAAACCCUCCCGACUUCAGAUAUUUGACCUCAUGCUGUUACUGAGAUUAAAGACUUAUGUUCGGUUUAAAAUAUAUAGAAGAAUGCAGUGUGUUGUUUGGGGAGUUUGUCCAUAAUACAUUUUAAAUAUAUAUAUAUAUCUUUGUGUGGCCUUUGCCUAAUUUCUCUCCUCACACUGUAUCAGAAGAAUAUCCUUUGAUGUGUAAUUGAUUAGACUGGUUUGUGUUAAAAAUCUGUUUCCAAUGUGUGAAAUUCAAUUAUUACUGUGGCGUUACUGUGCCCGAGUACGCUGUUAGACAAAAUACAUUUUUAUUUAUAUGAAUGAUUCGGAUUAUUCCUUGAGCUUGAGUUAUUUAAGGCUUUUGUCACAGUAAUCUGCCUUCAAGUGCUUUGGAGCAUAUAAAGUCAUUUCUGUACGUACUUUGUAAUGUUGUUUUAGAUUUUUGGCGGAGGAUUAUUUUUUAUUGAACUAGAUUUGGUUCUUCUUACAAGUAUACUGAACCCUUAUUUUUGUGCAUUUUCAAACCUGUUCUUGACUACACUUUAACUAUCCCAAGGAAAGAUGGUCUGUAAUAAACUGCAUAGUUCAGCUGUAUUUUGUACUUGGUCACAAUGUGUAAUAAAUUGGUGUAAACCAAAA